AUGGACAGAUCCUCGUUGAACAAAGCCACCAGCGCCGAUGACACUCCCACGCCAGGAUACUUAUAUACAGAGAUAGCACAAUCAACUUUCGCUGACUUGAACGCAUGCCAGCAGUUAGCAGACUACUUGCUGAAGAAGUUGGAAAAAGACAAUCCCCAUGUGAAACUGAAAUGCUUGAAGAUCAUCAAGCAUGUAUGCGAGCAGGGGAAACCCGAAUUCAAACGCGCAGUUCAGAGAAAGGCAGACGUCGUGAAAGCAUGCUUGCAAUUUCGGGGUACACCGGAUCCAUUGAAAGGCGAUGCCCCGAACAAAGCUGUGCGGGAAGAAGCCGACUUGGCCGUCAAAGCCGUGUUCAGCUCCAAUGCAUCGCUGAAUGCGUACGGCUUUAGCACUGCACAGGGCAAGAAGAUGCAGGGUUUCGGCAGCGAGCCGAGUGAUGACAUUAGCAGCAGGAUAGGGAAUUUGCCAUCAAGCUUCAGCGGUGGCGGAAGCAGUUUCGAAGGCGGUAACUUUGGUAACAGUGGUGGCAAGUCAUUUGGUUCAGGAGGGAUGGUGGGGUUCGGCAAUCCGAAUUUUGACAAUGCCCCGAAAGACGAGAAGGAUAGCGUCUUCAACAAAGCCAUGUCCAGCACGAUGUCUGCAGUUUCCUACCUGCAAUCCAAAGUUACCGGAGCUCCGAACUCCACCCCGUCGUUCCAUUCCUCAUCUGACAGCACUUACAGACCGCCACCAGUAGGCGGGGGCUUCGGCAGCAACCAGGGAGGGGGCUGCGGUGGAGGCUGCAGUGGAGGCUAUGGUGGCGGCUAUGGUGGUGGCUGCGGAAGCGGUGGGGGGAAUUAUAGCAGCCCCAGCUACGCAAGUGGAGGGGGUUUUAAUAGCAACAGCCACCAUGCAAACCAGGGCCGCCGUUGGGGUCAUCAUCCACCUAGAGAGGAACCAAAGGAGGAGGAGCAGCCGGAGCCUGCAAGGGAAGAGCCUCCGAAGCCACCAGCGCCGAUGGUGGACCUAUUGGACAUGGAUGAGGCAGCGCCGGCUGCAGCUGUCGGCUCUCUCCUAGAAGAUGAGGCACCUGCCAGACAACCAGCAGCCUCUGGAUCUCAGGAUCUCCUGGGUGGCGAGCUCCUGGGGAUGGAGGGCCCUUCUGCCGACGGUGCUCCCUCGUUGCAGCCUGUCUCUGAGGGCCAGGGUGGCUUGUUCUCCGGCUUGGAGGUUUCGGGCACGGGCGGGCCUGCCCCUCUUGCUGGUGCAGGUGCCGCAGCAGGCAGCACGGCAGCCUGUGGGGGAGGUGGGCUCAGCAUCAUGGGAGGUGGAGCUGCAGCCGGUCCAAUGGGUGCCUGCUCCGCAGCAGCACAGCCACCCGGCAAUGCCGGUAUGUUAGGUGGCAUGAUGGGUGGUGGCUCUAUGCCGAGCACAUCGAUGGGCGGGAUGAUGCCAGGUGGUGGCCAGCAGAUGCCCUGCAUGGGCAGCUGUGGGAUGAAUGCGCCCAUGGGUGGGCCAAUGGGCGGUCCCAUGGGUGGAUCGAUGGCACCGAGCAUGGGUUGUGGAAUGGCAGGUUGCAACACCAUGGGCAUGUGUGGCGGCUGCAACAUGAUGGGACCGGGCCCCAUGGGUUGUGGCCCCAUGGGUUGCGGCAUGCCAGGUUGUGGGCCCAUGGCAGGACCGGGCAUGGGUAUAAAUCCCAUGCAGGGUGGUAUGCAGCAGAUGCCGCCGCAGAUGCAGCAGCAAAUGCAGCCACAAAUGGCGCAACAGCAGAUGCAGCAUCAAGCUUACAUGCCACCCUCUGGUGCACAAGCACCAUACCAAAACGGUAGCGUACCCAUGUCAGGGAUGAGUCUGGGCCAGAUGUCCAGCCCUGCUGGAGGGGGGGGCUCUGCCUUCAGCUUUAUUGGUGGUGGCAGUCCGGCACUGGCACCGGUGUCGCAGGCACCGGCAACCGACCUUGCCUUCAGCUUCGUCGCUGACGAGAUGAAAGGCGCAGGAGCCGUGAGCUGA